UUCGUCUUCCGCGUUCAAACUAUAUGAUCACAAUUGAGAAUGUCCCGUCCUAGCUUGCAUGCACCUACUUUUUUUUUGUUUAUUUAUUAAUUCUUGCUGCUUAGCUCACAUAUACGCUUGCUAUAUAUAGGAGCAUCCUUAUCUCACUUGUACGCACUAAAUCAUCAGGUUUGAGGUUUUCAAUAUUUCAUUUUCAACUAGCUUUGAAACGAAAGUAGCUCUAGCUUCAAGUCAUCAGCCAUGGCCAUCCCAAAGGCUUUAAUUGCUUCUUUUCUCAUUUCUAUUCUCGUUAUCCAUCUUGUUGAAGCUGAUCAGACGGUGAACGCAGAUGCAACAACGGGUUCUCCCAGUAAAAAAAUAGAUUGUGGAGCAGCAUGUAGUGCGAGGUGUCAGUUAUCGUCUAGGCCGAACCUGUGCAAGAGGGCAUGUGGGACUUGCUGUGCUCGAUGCAGCUGCGUUCCUCCGGGAACUUCCGGCAACCGUGAUGUAUGCCCCUGCUACGCUACCAUGAUCACCCGUGGUGGCCAACUCAAGUGCCCUUGAAAAUCUGUCUCAGACUUGGUUGCAUGCGUUAGUCUUAUAAGAGAAGAAUGGAUGAGAAGUGUCUUAGAAAAUAAAUUUGCGUACUAAAUAGAUGCAUAUCACUUUGUAUAAAAGCUAUUAAAAGAAUGAUUUUAUUAUUUUCUCUUUUAUGAAAAAAGAGUUGUUGUAACU